AUGGACGGCUUAUCAACUAUUGAUGGAACCGGUGCAACUAUCGGCAGAAGUGCUCCUAUCUCGGGCAUCCCCAAGUUCUUGGAUCCAUAUGAAGAACGUAAAUGGAUGCUGGAGCGUAUGGCCGGCGCCUUCCGAGUUAUUGCUCGCAAAGGAUAUCUCGAGGGCACGGCUGGUCACAUCUCGGUUCGUGACCCAGUUGACCCUGAUACUUUUUGGAUCAACCCCCUUGCUCGUCACUUCGGUCUGAUGAAAGUCAGCGACAUGGUCCAUGUCAACAUGGAAGGAGAAAUCAUCGGUGGAAAUUACGCUUGUAUCAACAACGCGGGGUUUAAUAUCCACUCUGCCCUUCACGAAGCCCGACCCGACGUCAAUGCAGCGUGUCACUUCCACAGUAUCCACGGGAAGACGUGGUCGACCUUCGGAAGACCACUGGAGAUGCUCAAUCAAGACGCUUGCACCUUCUACAAGGAUCAUGCCGUCCACGACAUGUUUGGCGGCAUUGCUUUCGAAGCCUUUGAAGGAGAAAGAAUAGCCACAGCUCUGGGCAAUAACAGGUGUGCCAUCUUGAAGAAUCAUGGUCUACUGACGACAGGGAAGACGGUUGAUGAGGCGGCGUUUUUAUAUACCCUGAUGGAGAACUCCUGUCGCAUCCAGCUUCUUGCAGAGGCUGCUGUGGCGUCGGGGAUUGAGAAGCAGAUCUGUCCUGAUGCUGAAGCUGAGUAUACAUACCGAUUGACUACGCCGGAGGCUAUGUGGUUAGAGUUCCAGCUGGACUACGAAUAUGAACUGGCUAUGUCGGGUGGAGACUUCCUUUCGUAA